AUGAGACUCGUCUACGCUUCCGCUUUUCUCGCCGUCGCCGCCGCUGUCGAAGCCGCCCAGCACAACCAUGGCCAUUCGCAUCACCACCACGGGAAGAAGGAUGUCCAUGCGAAGAGGGGCUCCUCGUGCGCGUUCCCUACCGACGCUGGCCUGGUCGCCGUCACACCUGGUGAAAAGAACGCCGGAUGGGCCAUGAGCCCUGACCAGUCGUGUGAGCCGGGUAAUUACUGCCCGUAUGCUUGUCCCUCCGGCCAGGUGUCGAUGCAAUGGGACCCGGAUGCGACGUCGUACUCCUACCCGAUGUCGAUGAAUGGUGGUCUGUACUGCAAUGAGGACGGCGAGAUUGAAAAGCCUUUUCCCGACGAGCCGUACUGCAAGGAUGGCACUGGUUCCGUGGAGGCCGUCAACAAGUGCGGCGAUGUCGUUUCGAUCUGUCAGACCGUCCUGCCGGGUAACGAGGCCAUGCUGAUUCCCACCUUGGUUGAGAGUGUAUCCACUCUUGCUGUGCCGGAUCUCAGCUACUGGUGUGAGACCGCUGCGCACUUCUACAUCAACCCUCCUGGAAAGAGCCCUGAGACCGCCUGUGUCUGGGGUACCUCGUCGAACCCUUGGGGUAACUGGGCUGCGUACGUUGCAGGCGCCAACACUGACGGCGACGGAAACACCUUUGUAAAGAUCGGAUGGAACCCUAUUUACCUGGAACUCACGACUCCCUUCCGAAGCACGCGGCCUGAAUUUGGUGUUGAGAUAGAGUGCGAGGGCGGCGGUUGCAAUGGUCUCCCCUGCAAGAUCGACCCGGCCGAGAACGACGUCAAUGAAGUGACCGGCUCUUCAUCUGAUGGUGCCGGCGGCGCCAGCUUCUGCGUGGUUACCGUUCCCAAGGGCGAGAAGGCCAAGCUUGUUGUCUUUGACAGCUCGAGCGGCGGCGGCAGCAGUGAUGACGAGGACGAUGAUGAGGAAGAAGAAGAGGAAACCACCACCUCUUCUACUUCUACCUCCACAUCUACUAGCACCAGCACCAGCACUAGCACCUCAACCUCAACUUCAACGUCGACCUCGACGUCCACGUCCACCUCGUCCACCACCAAGUCGACCACGACCACGACCACUACGACUACCGAAAGCACGACUAAAUCCAAGACCUACUCCUCCACCGAGUCCAUCACCCCAUCCAGCUCCAGCCACGGUACCCCUUCAGGCUCUAGCAGUGCCGGCUGGCCCGACUACACCUACAAGCCGCAUGUGCUUGUUGAGACCGGCGACGGCGACGCGUUCGCCUCAUCAACCAGCGAAGCGGAAGAAGAAUCCCCCAGCCCGACGUCGGGCGCGCAACAGACCAGCCAGAAUGCGAUGAUGGCUCUGUUUGCCGUUGUUGCGAUGGCGGCAUUUACGUUCUAG